UGUCUUUUUGUAGCAACAAUGAACACACCAAACCUUUCUCUUCUUCCAGCGUCUUAUCUCUUCUGUGUCUCUUCCAAUGUCUAUAUCCAUGUCCCACACAGAGGAGAGGGCCACACUCACAUGGCGCAAAAUCCCUGCCCCUCCCAAAUACGACGUCGUUCGCCCCCGCUACCGUCACGCCGCAGCCACUACCCAUUCCAGAUUCGCCUCUGUUUCCGUAACCCAAUCCAAACUGCACCAAGACUUCAUGCCCACGCCCUCCCAGCUCCUCAAGCACCCCCUUGCAGCCUUCGCCGUUGUCCCCCGAGACGCCGCCCUCUUCUCCGCCGGAGCCAUCGCCGGCGCCGCCGCCAAGACCGUCACUGCGCCGCUCGACCGCAUCAAGCUCCUCAUGCAGACUCAUGGCGUGCGGGUUGGCCAAGAUAGUGCUAAGAAGGCCAUGAGUUUCGUUGAGGCCAUAGCAGUUAUAGGGAAGGAAGAAGGCAUUCAAGGUUACUGGAAGGGAAACCUCCCCCAGGUUAUUCGAGUCGUACCUUACAGCGCUGUCCAGCUUUUUGCUUAUGAAAUUUAUAAGAAAAUAUUCAGGGGAGAGAAUGGUGAGCUCUCUGUCGUGGGAAGACUUGCAGCAGGUGCUUUUGCAGGAAUGACGUCCACUUUUAUAACUUACCCAUUAGAUGUUCUAAGAUUGCGAUUAGCUGUUGAACCCGGCUAUCGAACCAUGUCAGAGGUUGCCUUAGGCAUGCUAAGGGAGGAAGGAUUUGCAUCUUUCUAUCGAGGCCUUGGACCUUCUCUUAUUGCAAUAGCUCCUUAUAUUGCUGUAAACUUUUGUGUUUUUGACUUAUUAAAGAAGUCAUUGCCUGAGAAAUACCAAAAGAGAACUGAAACAUCUAUACUCACAGCUGUCCUUUCGGCUUCUCUUGCCACACUUACAUGCUAUCCUCUGGACACUGUUCGAAGACAGAUGCAACUGAAGGGCACACCUUAUAAUACAGUGUUUGAUGCUCUUUCAGGUAUUAUGGCACGAGAUGGAGUAGCUGGGUUAUAUCGUGGAUUUGUGCCCAAUGCUCUAAAAUCCCUACCAAACAGCAGCAUCAAGCUUACCACAUACGACAUUGUUAAGCGCCUGAUUGCGGCUAGUGAGAAAGAAUUUCAAUUAAUUACAGAGGAAAAUCGCAUCAAGCACAAGAACACUAACAAGCAAUGAUACUGAACUUCAAAUUCGUAUUCUUUUAGCCGGUUUUCUCCCUUAAAGUUUUGGUGGAAUUAGCACUAGUUACUAUAGUUGUGGGUAUCAUUUUUCCUGUAUGAGAGAGAAGUGAUUAUAAUUAUCCAUCUGCCAAUGUUUCUGCAUCCAUUGGCUGAAAUUUUGUAGAAUGUGUUUUAGCUAGCUGCUAUGUAAAUGCUAUAUUAUUUUCUAUGAUUUCAUUAUCUGCAAUAUCUACAAA